AUGUCUCGAAACCUGGUUAACCUUGAUAAUGUAUACUCGAACAAUGUUGGCACAUUCCAAAAAAUUGCCAAUACUGUUCUUAAUGUGACAUAUCCUGAUAAAUUCUUUCAGGAACAGUUUGAUGGCGGGAAAGAAACACUAUUUGCGCAGUUAGGCUACUACGGAGAAGUGGCAGUUGGCGCUGUUAGAGCGCAGUUGAUUUCGAACAAGAAUGGAGGUGUAAAAGCUUCAGGUGUUUACAUCCAGAUUUUCGCUGUUUUGGAAAACUACAGAGGGAAGGGCGUUGGGUCUCAACUAUUGAAGUUUGUAGAAGAGCAGUGUAAAGCACACUUCCAACACAACAUAUAUGUCCACGUGGCGGUUGACAAUGAGAAGGGUAUUCAAUGGUAUCAGCGCAAGGGCUUCGAGCAAGAAGGUGAAGUUCUGAAGAACUACUACAAAGAUACUACUGGAGCGCCUGAUGCGCUCAUUCUCAAAAAGAGCUUGUGA